ACCCUUAUAAAGCUUGUUUCAUUCUCCUACUCAACCGAUGUGGGAUCUCACAAUAAUAAAGGAAAUUGUUCGAUGAAAAUAGUUGAAGGUAUGUACAGGCUAGUUCAUACUCUUAUGGACAUCCAAAAGAUAAAAUGUAAUUAAUAUUGCCCUGAAGAAUUUUUUGUGGUCAGUAUGCCAAACAGGAACGAAUGACGAUAAGGAGCACAGAAACGCAAACGUCGGCAUGAAGUUGACACCAUACAAAUCGAUCGAACUGCAAUUCAGAUUCUUCUUGUUCUUUCGAUCAAAGACGUGGUUGGUGGACAUUUCAGAAACUGCUGCUCUUCGUCUUUUUAUGCAUCAAAGAAAAGGUUGCUAUCAGUAAAAAGAAGAGAAGAAGAAAUAAAAUGGAGAAUCAUAUAAGCAUGGUGGAGGCCAAACUUCCUCCUGGAUUUAGGUUCCAUCCAAGAGAUGAAGAAUUGGUCUGUGAUUAUCUGAUGAAGAAGAUUAACUCUGUUUGUGAUUCUUCUUCUCUCUUGAUUGAAGUUGACCUCAACCAGUGUGAGCCUUGGGAUAUUCCAAGAGAGGCAUGUGUGGGGGGAAAAGAGUGGUACUUCUUCAGCCAGCGGGACCGUAAGUACGCGACUGGGCUUCGAACAAACCGCGCCACAGCCUCAGGGUACUGGAAGGCCACUGGCAAAGACAGGCCGGUCUUUCACAAGGCCAAUCAACUCGUUGGGAUGAGAAAAACUCUUGUUUUCUAUAAAGGAAGGGCACCUAAAGGCCGAAAAACCGAGUGGGUUAUGCAUGAAUUUCGCCUUGAGGGUCCACUUUCUCCUCUCAAAGAUCCACCUCCUAGGGAGGACUGGGUUCUGUGCAGAAUGUUCUGUAAACAGAAAGAAGUGCCCGCCCGACCGAGCACAGGAAGCAGCAGCUCCUACAGCAACGUCGCUGCCUCGUCAUCUCUCCCAGCUUUGAUGGACUCAUACCUCAGUUUUCACCAAAAUCGAAGCAGCUAUUUAAAUGAGUUUGAGCAAGUGCCCUGCUUCUCCAUUUUGUCUCAAAACCAAACCAUCCCAUCUCUCUCAAACCUCAUACAAAUGGAGCCAAACACAGGCAACAACAUCAAGAACUUCACCACAAUGUAUGGAGGAAUGCCAAAUUCAAGCACUUAUUCUUCAAAUAUUGACCCUUUUUCCUGUGACUCAUCAGUGCUCAAAGUUGUUCUAAAUAACAUUACUAAGAUGGAAACAAAUGGCAACCCCUUCAUAGGGCAACCCAGCAUGGGAGAAGGCAGCUCAGACAGCUACUUGUCUGAGGUUGGUGAUGACAUUUCAAGCUUAUGGAACAGAUGACCCAGAAGGAAAAUGGAGAAAUUAGUUUAUUGUAAAGAAAAAUGGUGAUUAUUAAG